AUGAAUUUUUUUUGCUGCUGUCCACCAAAACCGACGGGAAGAAGAUCUAGAAAACCGGGAAUCGAUAGAAAACCAAGGCAAGCCUACAGUGCAAAACAAUUAGAAAGAUUGGAAUCGGAAUUUAAAAUCGACAAAUAUUUAAGCGUGAGUAAACGUAUGGAAUUGUCAAAAGCUCUCAAUUUAACGGAAGUACAAAUAAAAACGUGGUUUCAGAAUCGACGGACAAAAUGGAAGAAACAAUUGACUUCGAGAUUGAAAAUAGCUCAAAGACACGGUCUCAUACCUCCCCCUCCUCCCUACAUACCAGGAGGACCUCCGAUUUUUGGUCCUUUUUGCCCCUCGACACUUUUCCCAUCGACCGUUAUUCCAUUUCACAUACAACAACCACCUGCCAAAGAUAUAGAAAAUUUGUCGUUGUCCGAAUGA